AUGACUUCCCCCGACACCAAAUUCGCCACGACCCCGUCGGUUGCGGAGGGCACUGGGCGUGUCUCUCAUGACACCCAACCGAACGAUAUCGAGAAGCCAAGAGCAAAGGUUGUCGAAACCAAUGCGGCCUCAGUCGCUCUUGCGGCAGCCUUGGCUGGGAGACCGCCUGAUGUGUGGUCCUGGUCCAUGAUGCAACUUUACGGAAUCAUGGCUGUUGGAUACCUCGUAUCGACCAUCAACGGCUUUGACGGGUCCCUCAUGGGUGCCAUCAACGCCAUGAAGCCGUAUCAGGAAACAUUUGGUCUUGACGGCGCGGGAUCAUCCACGGGAAUUGUCUUCAUCAUCUACAACAUCGGACAGCUCGUCACUUUGCCCCUUACUCCCUUCUUGUCGGACGGAUACGGUCGACGUGUCUCCAUCUUUGUAGGAUGUGCCGUGAUUCUGAUCGGAACUGCUGUGCAAGCCACAGCCCACACGCUCGGGCAGUUCAUCGUUGGCAGGAUGCUCCUUGGGUUUGGAGCCGCAGUGGCCCAAGCAACAGGUCCAGUCUACGCUGUGGAGCUCGCUCACCCAGCAUAUCGAGGCAUGAUGGCUGGAAUGUACAACAACUUCUGGUGGCUUGGAAACAUUGUCGCUGGCUGGUGCACCUACGGGAGUAAUCUCCAUUAUGAUAACAGCUGGGCCUGGAGGAUCCCCACAAUUAUUCAAGCUGCCAUGCCCGCUAUCGUUAUGAUCUUGGUCUUUUUCUUUCCCGAAUCUCCACGUUGGCUUGCGUCCAAAGAUCGCAACGAAGAGGCCUUGGAGGUGCUCGCCAAGUAUCAUGGAGCUGGUGAUCGCCAAGCGCCCAUUGUGCAGCUCCAGUAUCGAGAGAUCCUCGAGGAUCGAGCCGAGAAUCCAUCCGACGAUCGUUGGUGGGACUUCCGCGAGCUUUUCCGUGAUCGUCAGGCCCGCUACAGGACCGCCAUGGUCAUUGCAAUGUCUUUUUUUGGUCAAUGGUCGGGAAACAAUGUCGUCUCGUACUUUAUGCCUGCAAUGGUGCUCAACGCCGGAAUCACCAACACGAAUACGCAGUUGCUUCUUAACGCCAUCAACCCAAUUCUGUCCAUGAUUGCCGCUAUUGCUGGUACUACUGUCCUGGAUCGUCUUGGCCGACGACUUAUGAUGAUCGGCUCGCUCGCAGGCUCCUUGUUCUUCUAUUGUCUGCUCACUGCCUUUACGGCCGAAGCGCAAAAGAACGACAAUCUUUCCUAUGGUGUCAUUGUCUCAAUCUACCUCUACGGAAUUUGCUUUGCUGCGGGAAUGACUCCCUGCCAGACGCUCUAUCCUUCUGAGUGUCUCGAGAACCGCACUCGCGCUAAGGGAAGUUCCGUGAAAUUUCUCUUCAUCAAUAUCGCCAUGAUUGUCAACACCUUUGGCAUCUCAGUCGGGAUUCGAGAGAUCCAGUGGAAGCUCUACCUCGUCUACAUCAUUUGGAUCGCUAUCGAAAUCGUUGUCAUUUUCUUUUUCUUUCCCGAAACUGCUGGAAAGACUCUGGAAGAGCUGACGCAUAUCUUCCAAGCUAAAAGCCCUCGCAAAGAGAGCGUGAAAAAGACCAAAGUUCAGGUUGACGAUGUCGGACGUAUUGUCGAGAUCGACAAGCCGGCUUCCGCCUAA